UAUUAAUUAAUGUGAUUAUAACGGUUGCGAUCAUCACUAUUGAUGACAAUACCGACAAUACAUCAGAGUCUCAAACAGUAUGAUCUGAUUGGUUGGUCAUCGCGUGUUUGGCCACCGAUAUCAGCGAUGACUAACCGCAAACGUUAUCUUAUAUUACUGGCCAUUGUCUUAGCUGUGAUAAUAGUCUACAAAUUGAAUAACCAAUUGAUCCCAUACUCGACACUUCAUAUUCAUCAAAAUUAUCUGUUGAAUAAAAUUCAAGAAAAGUCAUACAUUGAUAGUGUUGUCGAUGACGAUCAAGACGUCGAUCUGAGUUUUCAUAAUAUUUCUCAUUUGUCAGUCAAAGAGUACCAAUUCAUAGUACUUUUGUGGACCAAAUACUUUGGAUCUGAUAGCUGGUCGGGUGUCGAUCUCAAGACAUUAAACUGUAGUCAUAGUAAUUGUUUGCUCACUGAUGACAGAUCCCGAUUGUCACGAAGUGAUGCCGUGUUUUUUCAUUGGCGAGACAUUAAUCCUCGCGAUUUGCCGCAUAUACACAAAUCCGGUCAGAAGUGGAUACUCUAUAAUUGGGAAUCUCCUCACUAUUCACCCGAAUAUCGUAUUCGUCGUCUGGCCAGCGAUAUAGACUGGACAAUGACCUAUCGUAGAGACUCUGAUAUCUAUGUGCCGUACGGGUCAGUUGAUCGGUGUCGCCGCCAAUGGCUCAACGAAGAUCUAUUUGACGGCAAACAGCGAAACGUAGCGUGGAUUGUGUCCAACUGUGAUACGCCCGGUAAUCGGGAACAAUAUGUUCAGGAAUUGCAAAAGUAUAUCGAUGUCGAUAUUUACGGCUCGUGCGGACAAUACAGUUGUCCGCGUGACGACUCUUGUCUGCAAAUGUUGGAAAAGAAAUACAAAUUUUAUCUAUCAUUUGAAAACUCGUUAUGCAAAGACUAUAUCACCGAAAAGCUGUUCCAUAUUGUAGAAUAUGAUAUAAUACCUGUGGUUUAUGGUUCGGCAAACUAUAUGCAAAUAAUGGCUAACCGUUCGGUAAUAAAUGUUAAUGAUUUCCGAUCGCCGCAAGAAUUAGCCGAAUAUCUAAAAGAAUUGUCAAAUGAUAAGCAAAAGUAUAAUUCGUAUUUUAAAUGGAAAUUAAGUUAUUGUCCAAAACGGACACAAUUUACAUAUUUUUGUCAAAUGUGUCGUAAAUUAAAUGAAUAUUAUGGUAAACGUGUCGAUCAUUGGAAGCGAAAUAAAUUGAUUAAUUGGUGGUUCAAAGAGGCUUAUUGUCGAAAUCCGAAAUAUACUUAAUUUUUUUAUCAUAUUUUACAUAACAUUUAACUAUCAAUUAGCUCAUA